AUGCGGCCGUUCCGCCUCCCAGAGGACGGGGCGCUGCGUGCCACCGAUGCACCCCUCAAUAUUUUGGAUGACUCCUCUUCGGAGAGCUGCAGCGGCAACGGCUCGUCCACCCUGAACCCCUCCACCUCGAGCAGCACCCAGGGGGAUGCCGCCUACCCGGAGAUGAACGGGAAUGGGGCCGCAGCCCCCAUGGACUUCAGCGCCUCCACCGAGGACCAGCCCAUCAACCUGUGUGACAAGCUGGCCCCCGCCCACGCCACGCCCUCCUACCCGUCGGACAGCUGCAGCGCCGACGGCCUGCGGAGCCGGACAAAGUAUGCGACGAAGAGCACCGGCGAAUCACCCCCGUACAGCUCUGGCAGCUACGACUCCGUCAAGACCGAGGUCAGCGGCUGCCCGGAAGACCUAACUGUCGGCCGAGCCCCCACCGCAGACGAUGACGACGACGACCAUGACGAUCACGAAGACAACGACAAGAUGAACGACUCGGAAGGGAUGGACCCGGAGCGGCUGAAGGCCUUCAAUAUGUUUGUCCGCCUCUUUGUGGAUGAGAACCUGGACCGGAUGGUCCCCAUCUCCAAGCAGCCCAAAGAGAAGAUCCAGGCCAUCAUCGAGUCCUGCAGCAGGCAGUUCCCCGAGUUCCAGGAGCGAGCUCGCAAACGCAUCCGCACUUACCUCAAAUCCUGCCGCCGCAUGAAGAAGAACGGCAUGGAAAUGACCAGGCCUACCCCGCCCCAUCUGACCUCAGCCAUGGCCGAAAACAUCCUGGCAGCCGCCUGCGAAAGCGAGACGCGGAAAGCAGCCAAGAGGAUGCGGCUAGAGAUCUACCAGACAUCGCAGGUACGGGGCCCUGAAGCCGGCAGAACGUCCGGGGCGAGGUCAGCGGCGAGCGCUCCCGGGAGAUCUUGCCGCUUCUCCUCCGCGAACUCGUUCCUCCGGCUCCUUGACUGCAGCCUAGUCCGCGGAGCCUCGAAAAGCGGCAAAACUUCCACGCAGAGACGGCACUGCCCC